GUUACCUUCUUCAGCGACUUGACGAUUCAUUUGAAAAAUGAUAUUUCUGGGGGCAAUUUUAUUGCAACUACUCUUCAUCACGGGAUCCUCAAAUGGGACACCUUUGGAAAAGAAAAUUCUUCAGUGUGAUGACUCAAAGUAUAUGGGAUCUUGGAUUGAAAAUUGGCAAGAUAUCGAUGCAAAAUGGUGUGUGCUGAAAUAUCGUGAAUUUACAGAUGAUGUUGAUUAUUCCUUUAAAUUGGAGGGAAGAGAAAAAAUUGUCUAUCUACAAAUUCUGGAUUCAUCAAUGAUCAACCUUCCGCGAUCACUUCUAUCACAUCUAGGGUUUGUGCGUGAAUUUACAGUGUCAAAUUCUUCUCUAAAGCAUGUGGAUCGAUUGAAUUUUAAAUUUGAAAGUCUUUACUUUGUGAAUUUUUCAAACAAUGCAAUUGAAUCGAUCAAUGACCAUGCUUUUGCUAAUUUUGAAGAUUUAAAAAUAAUAUCUCUGUCAAACAACAGAUUAACUCACUUGAAGGGUUUUCCUUUCCCAUUUUCGGAAAAGAAUCUUGAUUAUGACUUUUCACACAAUAAAAUUGAAAGUAUCGCUGAAAGUGUUUUUGGCGGGAAGGAUAUCAUACGAUUAAUCCUUACAAAUAAUUCCUUAGAAAGUGUAGAAGGAAUUUUUAAGAAAGUUGUAAGACUUGGAGAACUGAAUUUGAGUUACAAUAAGUUGAAAAAAUUCCAACCGACUGUCUCAUUGCGUACUUCCGCCUUUGAUUUAUCUUCCAAUUUCCUGGAAUCUGUAGAUUUCACGAAAAUCGAUGCAAGUACCAUUAAUACGCUAAAAGUAAAUGAUAAUUUAUUAACCAAAAUAUCUCUCGGAUCUUCAAUCACAAGUCUAACUUUGCUACAAUUGGAGAAAAACAAAUUUGGAGAUAAUUUGCAGGAUAUUUGCAAAUGUUCAAAGGUAAUGGAUUUAUCUCUAAAGGACAACCUUAUUCGCGAUAUAGGCUCCUGUUUUUCCGAAAUGAAAACCCUAAAUUCGCUAAAUUUGGCAAAAAAUCAAAUUGAAACCAUAAAACCCGAAAGUUUCCACAAGGAUAAUGCGAUCGAAACUCUUGAUUUGGCUUUCAAUCGUAUUGAAAGCUUCAAUAAGGACACAAUGAGCGUUUUUGGACAUUUAAAAGUUCUAAAUCUAACUGGAAAUCGUCUUCAGGACUUUUAUGAUUAUCCAAAGACAAUCAUGUACAAUUUAAAGGUUUUGGGACUAUCUCACAACAAUUUCAAAUGCUCAAGAUUCACAGCAUUGCAGGAUAAAUUCAGUCUUCUCCUCAAUUUCUUCAUUGAUAGAAGUGUACCUGUUAAUGGAAAGGACAUCACCAAAGAAGGUUGUUACGAUGAUAAAGAAAAAGUAUUGACAGCAAGGUAUUUAGAUGAUGCAAUCCUUGCUAUUCAAAACUCCGUCAGAGAUGAAUUGAAAAGGAUUUAUGAAAAAUUUGAAUCUCAAAUUAAAAAAGUUGAAAACUCAUGCUCAAACCCAAAAAGAAUUGUUCCUUAAAUUUUUAAUAUUCUAUUAAUUUCUGCCUAAAAUGAAGACUUGUAAUAAAAAUGUAAUUGCUUUCGCUUUAUACGUUGUAGAGAAAAUAAACAGGAUUUUUUUUAUUACUCCCACCCCUCCCUAAGGUAUAAACAGGAAUAAAAUAUAAAUAAAAAAAGAUAAAAUCAAAAUGUCGCUGAUUAUUAUCUAUUGUGGAGCAAAUCUGUGAUGGACUUCUUAAUUCAAGUGUUACAGGAAAUGCUUUAAAAAUAUUUUUACUAAUAAUUCAGUGUGAUUUUUUUUCUAUACCUACUACAAAAUGCAAAUAAAUUCUCUUUCACCUCUAAAAUUAAUUAUUUCCUUCACAAAAUAAUGAAUAAGAAUAUUUCCCUAAGUAGAAUUAACCCCUAAUAUGUCGUUUAAAUUUCUCAAACGAAGAAAUUCUCAAAGUAACGCCAUUCCAUGCAAUUUCUCUGCAUUAUUGAUUAUUAUUACAACAUCUUGGUGACACAUUUAUAUAUGUAGGUAUACAAUAUCUGCAUAACGAGCAUUUAGCUAUUGCUUUCACUUUCCACUCCUGUAAAGCUGCUGAUUUUUUUCUUCUUCCUCCUUGUUUAUCGUAUUUGUGAUUUUAUUUUUAAUUAAUACUAAAUCUGCCCCACAAAAUGUAUUAGAUUUAACAGACAAAAAAUGAGAGAGAGAGAAAGAUGAGAGUACAAAUAAAAAAAAACACCAUAAGCUAUAUGGAUGAUUUUUAAUUAAAUUAGACACACAACGAGCACACAGAGUGAGGUAGGGCGGAAAAAAAAGAGGAGCGAGAUUUGUUUGUAAAAUAUAAAAAUUCAAUUGGGAAACUGAUAUGUUGGGGUAUUGGCAAUAUGUUGAAAAAGAAUGAAAAAAAAAUAUGAGGAAGAGAAGAUUGUGUGCGAUGGAACAAAAAGAGCGGGUAUAUUUUUCGCUUGGCAAUAAAAAAUGUUUAUAUUUCGACCAAUUUCUUCUCACUUUGACUUUCCUGCCGCGGAAUGUCCGCGAUUUGUGCGUAUGGAGGGAUUUUUUUUACAUUCUUGUUUCUUCAAUAACUUUUCUAUAUUUCUACAAAAAUAUAAGCAAAAUUUUACUUUAUGGAGUUUUUGUUGUUGCCCAUGCUCUUCUACUUCUUGUGGUGCUUUAUUAUGUCAGCUGAUUCACGCAAUGUGCGUAUUUUGUUGGAUUUGUUGGGCACGAGAGAAGUUGUGGAGAGAAAUAUAAUAAAAAAUAAAAUAUAAAAAAUAAUAUAAGGAGUGUUCAAACAGAGUCCGUAUUGAGUGGUCACACGCCAUUUAUCUAAUUACACAUCAUUACCAUAUAAUAGAGGAGACUGGGGG